AUGAUGAUUUUUAAAAAGAAAAGUUCGAGCGAAAUGCGAGAUGCCUGUGGACCAAGUAAAAGAAAAAGACCAAAAGAAAGAGACGAUGAAGUAUAUCUGGAGGAAAAUGUGUUGGAUGAUCAGUUGCAAGACACUGGAGAUGCUCCACCUCGACCUCCCAAGUCGUUAGGCUCAACGAAUCGUGAUUCCUCACCUAUAUCGUCAAUGCUGCAUCCACCUGCCCCAAAGCGAUCAGAGUCCUCCCCAACUACUAAUAAUCGUCAUCCCAACCAACGAUCUGCCCCCCAACCUACGCCAGUUCAAACCCAAUAUCAAAUGGUUUCUCAAAACUCACCUCCUAAAGUAACUCCCAAACCGCGGUUUGGAAGUUCAACAGUAGUUAAAGUAAAAUCCCCUUCUGGAAAUGGUCCCAGGAAAGCUCUAAUAUCGGACACAGAAGCGCUCUUUCAUUCAAUCAGAGAAAUUGAGGCUGGACUUGCUGAUGGAUCUCUGGUUAAGCAAUUUGAGGCAUGUUCAUUUUAUUAA